AUGGGUGAGGACUACAAGUGCUUGCGGGACGGACGGGCUCGCGGCGUGGUGCUCCUGGAAUCCCACGCCGGCUUCCACCGUGUCAUCCUCGAUGAGGCGCACGAGAUCAGGAAUCGGGGUACCAAUGGCGCCAAGGCAGUGUUUCGCUUGCAGGCCACUCACAGGCUGUGCAUGACCAGAACCCCGAUGAUGAACAAGGUCGCCGAUAUCUUUUCUCUACUGCGCUUUCUUCGCAUCAAACCGUACGACGUGUGGGACAACUUCCGUCGCGUCUUCGACAGGCCGAUCCGAGGGAAAAGGUCUGGAGACCGCAGCCGCGCCAUACAGGCACUUCAGGUCCUGCUACAUCGCGUACUCUUCCAGCGGACCGAAAACAGCAAGAUUGAUCACAAACAGAUCUUUCAUUUGCCACCACUGACUACCGAGCAAUCCAAGUUGAAGUUCAACAAGUACGUCGAGGAGGGCACCGUGACCCGUAAUUAUAGCAACAUCCUUGUGUUGAUUAUCCGACUGCGGCAGUGUUGCUGUCAUCCACAUCUCAUCCGGGACUACGCCAUCCCGCAAGGGAUAAAGAUAGGAUCAGAACAAAUGACCAAGCUCGCCCUGAAGCUUCACAGCCACGUCGUAGACAGGAUCAAAGCACAGGAGCAGUUCACAUGCCCGCUGUGCGACGGCUGCACAUCGAACCCCGUCAUCAUCUACUCAUGCGGCCACCAUGUAUGUGGAAACUGUUUCAACAGCAUGAUGGAGCUCACGGAUCCUGACGCCAACGGCGGUGCGGCGACAGACUCUGUAUGUCCUUCAGAAGCAUACGACAAUGUGGUGGAUCCUACGGAAGUCCUGCUUCACCGAAACUUCAGGCAGGCGUACGGGCUCGAUGAAUCCGGGACCGAAACAUCUGAAGAGGAAGACUGCUCGGAAGAGUCAGAUGAAGAGCACGAUGCUGAUCAAUGUGGGAACCUCAGGGGCUUCAUAGUGCGAGACGACAUUGAGAGUACUGAUGAAGAAGAGGAAAAGGAACAAAGCACGAUGGACGAAGAAUUGCAUGGAUCAGCAGCGAACUCAAGAAGCCCCAAGUCCGUCGCAGGUCACGAUGAUGGUGGUGAUGGCCCUCGGCAUAAUCAGCCUGUCGUCACCGCUAGUCAGAAGCGAAAAAGAUCCAUCGUACAGGGGCCAGCCGAGGCAGGCAAGAAAUUUAAAUUUGGCAACAAGGACAAGCCAAAGAGCGGCAAGGGGGAGACCGGGAAGAAGACCAUGAAGUCUCUCGCCGAGCUGAAGAAGGCGGGGGUGCCGAGUGCCAAAACCGACAAGGUGCUGGAGCUGUUGCAGCAUGUUCGGGCUGCCAACCCUCGGGAGAAGACGCUUAUCUUCAGCCAGUGGACCUCUUUCCUCGAUCUGCUCGAGGUCCCCAUUCAUAAAGCGGGCUAUGUCUACCGUCGUUACGACGGUAGCAUGAUCCGUGGCGACCGAGAUGCGGCCAUCACCGAUUUCAUGGAGAAGCCCGAGGUCACUGUCUUCUUGAUCAGCUUAAAGGCAGGCAAUGCAGGGUUGAAUCUGCAACAGGCGACACGGGUCAUCAUACUCGAUCCGUUCUGGAACCCUUCUGUAGAGGAUCAGGCUGUCGGUCGUGCCCAUCGGAUAGGUCAGCCAAAUCCGGUUACUUUGCAAAGAGUUGUCAUAACUGGCACAAUCGAGGAUCGCAUCUUGGCACUUCAAGAACAAAAAAGGCAGCUCGUCAGCGAGGUGCUCAACAAUAAAGCUGCGCAGAGACUGAACCGGCUGAGUAUGCGGGAGCUUGCUGGUCUUUUUGGGCUCUAG